CCGCCCUCAAUUAGUACGAAUUAAAUCCAAAAUGCGCCGAGUUCAGUAUAGUUUGCUUCUCCUACUGCUGCUUGGUGCAGCCGCAACCUCAGCGGGGUCUCCCGAGGGCCGACUCUUGGAUGGCCAGGCAGCUGAGAUUGGCUCCCAUCCGUACAGUGUCUCGCUGCAACGACAGGGAGUCCAUGUCUGCGGUGGUGCCUUGAUCAGCAACAAGGUCUGCCUGACUGCAGCACAUUGCGUCACCGGCGGCGGCAUUGAAAGCUAUCCGCCCCGUAGUUUUCUGGUGCGAGUGGGUAGCAUUCAACGCUUGGCUGGUGGUCAGCUGGCUCAGGUAGAUCGCAUCGUGGUGCACAAGGAAUAUGCCAAUGGACUCAAUGACCUGGCGUUGAUUGUACUGCAGCAGCCACUGACGCUGAAUGCCAAUAUACAGCCCAUACCACUAGCUAGCCAGGUUCCUCCUGCUGGCGCCGAGAUCACCUACACCGGCUGGGGAGCUCUGAGCAAUCAGGGCCCGCUCAGCCAUCGCCUGCAGGUGGGCAGCCGCAAGGCGAUCAGUGCAGCCGACUGCCAAAAGCAACUCUACCUCGAUAACGAGGGUCUGCUCUGUCUCGUGUCAGCAUCCGAAGCAUCCUCCAAUGGCAUCUGUCUUGGCGAUGCAGGCGCGCCGGCUGUCUACAAGGAUGAGUUGGUUGGCAUUGGCGGAUUCCUCGUCGACAUUUGCGGCAGUUCCAUGCCCAAUGGCUUUAUGAAUAUUGUCCAUUAUCAGGACUGGAUCAAGGCGAACAUGUAAAGCUGUUGCCCACUUGACGGCUCUGAUCUUAUUUAGCCGCCCUCUGGCCAACAGGAUGUCUAUCAUUAAUAUAGCCAUAUAAGAUCUGUAAAGUUAAAUGUUAUUAUCAAUUUUGGAUCAAGCUACACAGAUGCUAUCCUAAAACCCCAUUUCCAUUCACGCCAGACUCAUGUCACAAACGAUUCUACCUAGAGAACUACACAAUAUAUUAGUCGGAUGUUGAUAAGAUUUUGGGAGCAUGGUGACACUGGUCAUUCCAAAUGCCAGCCUUAAUCAAGUCUUUGCAUUAUUUCUA